GUUGCGAUGCUUUUCCAUGAUCCGUUGGACUUUAAUACUGGUCGGGCAAGUGAGAAGAGAUGGGUUGUACUGGGCGACGAUGACGCGGAAUAGAGACAAGGGGCGACGCGGAAUAGAGCAAGGGGUGAGGGGGUCACACAACCGCAAGGAGUUGGCUUGGAGCAGCACCGGAAUGGUUGGUGUGUUUUGCAUGCAGUGAGGGUAGAAGGUGUUGAUGACUACAUGUAGGAUAGAUCGGAUCCCUACAGAUCGAGCUAAAUAGCUUUUUCGAAGGGUGUGUCCCUUGGAUGCAGGUGAUUGGUGUAUGUUUGCUCCAUGGGUGAUCUGAAGGACGUAGAUUAUCAGGGUAUGUUUGCCGGAGAUUGUCUGAAGGACAGGGGUGAUCGGUGUAUGUAUGCUUGCUCCAUGGGUGAUCUGAAGGGGCAUAGGUGAUCGGUGUGUGUUUGCCCAAGGUUGUCUGAAGGACACAGAUGAUCCGCGUAGGUUGCUCCCAUGAUGAUCUGUAGGACAUACAUGAUCUGUGUAUGUUUACUCCAUGGCUGAUGGUGAUGUGGAGGACAUCGGUGAGCUAGCCCAUGAUCUGUUCUAUGUGUGAAGGACUUUUCAUCAGGUUCUUCCCCGAGCGAUGUG